AUGUCGUUCCUAUUACCACCCACUAUUACUCUGAAAUCAUCGUAUUUCAAUCAGUACGUGAACUACAGCAAUGAUUCUGAUUCCGAAACGCAUGGCUUUCUCAAAGUCAACGAAUCGAAUGUCUUCAGCUCGUUAGCAAAGUUCGAAGUGGUGAUGGCCAAUAUUGGGACGGGACUAGUCCAUAUAAGGUGCUCCCAGAACAGAAAGUUCCUGCGAAUGAGAAUUGAGGGUGAUGUGUACCUUUCUCCGGAGGCUGAUGAAUCAGAGGAGGACCAAUCCAAAUGGUCGUGCACACUAUUUGAGCCUCAAGUAGCUGUAGAUGGCAACCUCGACAAAGCCCGGUUGUUCCAUGUCCAAGCAAUGCGAUAUGCAACGUCAUUGGUGAUAUUGCCAAAGCAUGUGGCCUUCAAACCCAGCAACAACCUUUACCUUCAGCUUGGGGAAAGUAAUCAGCUCAGGUUCGUGUCUACAGAUAAGGGGAUUCCUGCUUCGUGGUUCGAAGUGUCCACAAAUGGCGAUGGAAGGGUGCAAAUCAAGUACUACAAGAACAAUGCCUACCUGAGGUUCGGCGGCGGUGACUACAGCAACUGGAUUUUUGCUGACGGAGGCAGCGCCUCGAAACCUCCCACCUUGUUUUUGCCAAUCAAGGUAGACACUAGUGCGGCCGCUCUCCAAUGCUUGAGCAACGACAAAUUUUGCGCCCUACACACCUAUAAGUAUGAUUAUGCAGAAGGUCUGAACGCGCCUGACACUAGUACCAGCAUUUCAAACUUGUCACGCAUGAGGCUGGAAGAGCUUGUUCUCUCGAGGAGAAUCUAUAAUGCCGACUUUGACCUUAAGAAUGCCAUAAUCUACGGCGAGACCCCGGUCACCAUGGCCACCGCAAACGCCAGCAACAACACCUCAGCAGAAAACACUGUGGAAUUCAAGUUCGCAUACAAGGACGGUAAGAGCAGCACGUGGAAGGCCAGCCACUCGUGGAUGGUAGGCGUGAGUGUCUCUGCCAGCUUCAAAAUUCCAUUCAUCGGUGGUACUGACGUCACUGCUUCAGCAGAGUAUUCCGGAUCCUAUGAGUGGGGAGAGACCAUUGAAUCUGAAAACACAUUGGAGACCACCUACAAGGCUACAGUGCCGGCAAACACUUCUAUAUCUGUGAGUCUGAUGGCGACCAAGGGAAGUUGCGACGUCCCUUACUUGUAUUAUCAGAAUGACGUGCUUUAUAGCGAUAAAUCCAUUAUCUAUAAGAAGGAUAAUGGGGUGUACACGGGUGUCAAUUCAUACAAUUUCCGCUACGAGACUACAACACGGAAAGAGCCUAUAUCUAUAGCUGAUUUGCUGGACCCGUCGGCCGACCCUACCAUAGAGCAGAUGUUGCCGGACCCAUCGGUCAACCCCACCAUAGAACAAAUGAUACCUGAGCCCGUGCCGUCUGGAUCAACCACCAGAGUGCAAAACAAGGUCAAAACCCUAGCAUGA